AUGCAUUUACCUCUUUUAGGCGUACGACUCUGGCUGACUUGCUUCAUUCCCCUGGCUCUUACUUUUCCAUCAUCUAUCCACCAGAUCAAUGCUGCCAACCCAGAUACUUUCGACCUUAGGAGGACAAUUGCAAGCAUACAAGAGCAGGUUGCUGGAGGCAGAUUCGUGAAACGAGAUAUAUCGCAGCCUGUGGGGGUUUCUGGCAAACAUGCCUUCUUGGUGCCAGACUUCAAUGCCGGCGAUCAACGUGGCCCAUGCCCGGGUUUGAAUGCUCUGGCAAACCACGGUUAUAUACCGCACAACGGCAUUGCGACAUUCACGCAGGUAAUACAGGCCACACAUGAAGUCUACAACAUGAACAUCGAUUUGGGAACCGUUCUCGUGACCCUAGCAUUGGUCUUUACUGGCAACCCCCUUUCGAUAAACCCGACAUUCUCGAUCGGUGGCAUAGACAGACGUGUGAAUAAUAUAGCGGGAAAUCUCGGCGGUCUUAUCGGCACUCCACGCGGUCUUGACGGUUCGCAUAACUUCAUUGAGACAGACGGCUCACUCACGAGAGAUGAUCUCUAUGUUACUGGCAACGCGUGGGAUAUGAAUAUGACGAAAUUUCUCGAGGUUUACAGAUGGGGAGGAAAUGAAGCCCUUACCUUUGACGAUGUAGUUAUCGACGACACUUCGACCGAGUCAGGCAUGGAAUACAAAAGGGGUUGGGAACGAAUACCUGAGAACUGGUACCGCCGGCCUGUUCCCUGGGGCAUCGUCGACCUAGGUUUAGACGUCCUCAAAUGGUCCGAGAAGCACCCCUUUCUGCUUGACAUCGGCGGCAAUACUGGGGCGGUCAACACAUUCACUGGUCUUGACCUCGUAAACAUCACCGGUGGAGUUUUGAACGCCCAGACUCUGCUGGAGGGAAAUAACCUGAUAUGUUUCACACUUGAAAUUGCCAAAACCUUAGGGCCAAACAGCUUAAGCACGCUAUAUAGGAGCCUCUCUGCUCCACUAGCCGCUCUAUCCGGCGUCGUUGCAGAACCCCUCUUGGACUUGGCAUGCCCGGUCUUCGAAGAUCUCUCGAGAAACGGCGUCAGUCUGUGGAAGACCUUGCUCAAUGAGUUUCCAGGAGCACAGCGAGCUGGAAGUGCGUUGUAA